AAACCCUAGUGGAGCCGCGCGCCGCACGCUCCCUCCCUCCCCGCCGCCGCCGCAAUGCAGGCAGCCGCCGCCGUCCACCGCCCGUGCCUGCUCGGCGCCUCCCCGGGGGGCCGCGCGCGCCGGCGGCCGGCCUCCAGCACCGUGCGCAUGGCGCUGCGGGAGGACGGACCGUCCGUGGCCAUCGUGGGCGCCACGGGCGCCGUCGGCCAGGAGUUCCUGCGGGUCAUCUCCUCCCGCGACUUCCCCUACCGGAGCAUCCGCCUCCUCGCCAGCGAGCGCUCCGCGGGGAAGCGCCUCCCCUUCGAGGACCGGGAGUACACCGUGCAGGACCUCGCGGCGCCGGGGGCGUUCGACGGGGUCGACAUCGCGCUCUUCAGCGCCGGCGGCGGGGUCAGCCGGAAGCACGCGCCCGCGGCUGUUGCCAGCGGCGCCGUCGUCGUGGACAACAGCUCCGCCUUCCGGAUGGACCCCGAGGUGCCGCUCGUGAUCCCGGAGGUCAAUCCCGAGGCGAUGGCGCACGUCCGGCUGGGACAGGGGGCUAUCGUGGCGAACCCGAACUGUUCUACCAUCAUCUGCCUCAUGGCUGCCACACCUCUGCAUCGCUAUGCCAAGGUGGUAAGGAUGGUUGUCAGCACUUACCAAGCAGCAAGUGGUGCUGGGGCUGCGGCCAUGGAAGAACUCAAACUUCAAACUCAAGAGGUCUUGGCUGGGAAGGCACCUACAUGCAACAUUUUCAGUCAGCAGUAUGCUUUUAAUAUAUUUUCACACAAUGCACCAAUUCUUGAAAACGGGUACAAUGAGGAGGAGAUGAAAAUGGUCAAGGAGACAAGAAAAAUCUGGAAUGACAAAGAUGUGAAGGUAACUGCAACCUGCAUACGAGUUCCUGUGAUGCGUGCGCAUGCUGAAAGUGUGAAUCUACAGUUUGAAAAGUCACUUGAUGAGGAUACUGCAAGAGAAAUCUUGAGGGCAGCUGAAGGUGUUACCAUUAUUGAUGACCGUCCUUCCAAUCGCUUCCCCACACCUCUUGAGGUAUCGGAUAAAGAUGAUGUAGCAGUGGGUAGAAUUCGUCAGGACUUGUCGCAAGAUGAUAACAAAGGGUUGGACAUAUUUGUUUGUGGAGAUCAAAUACGUAAAGGUGCUGCACUCAAUGCUGUGCAGAUAGCUGAAAUGCUACUCAAGUGAUUUCCUUUUUGUAUCUCUCCUUGCUCAUCGUUGCUCUAAUCAUUGCUUGAUGGAUGUACUCUGGUUAGUUUAAGGUCAGUUUUGGUCAUCAUCUUUUGUAAUCUAUAUUCCCAGUGAAAUAAUAAACGGUUUUGUGCCAUCUUUUGCACACAUAAGUGUAGAAGAAAUCGGAAGCUGUGAAUUGGGUGUGGCCCUUGUUCA